AUGAGAAACAGUGGAUUAGUUGACGCUACUCGGUAUGGCUCAGUUGGGCUUGAGUUUGACUGUGAUAAUGAAGAUCGAAAUCUGGAUGUCCGCUGCAGGCUCUUAUCUCAAGGCAAAGACAGCCCACCGAAGCCCGAGAAAUCUGCCAAAAAUGUCCCCGAAAAACCCAUCGCUGCGGCGAAGACAGAAGUGUCAUCGGGCGAAACAUUGGUGCCCAGUGGAUUUUUCAACAUCAGCCCGCGCUUCAGCGCACUGACCAUUCUAACACUGCUCAGUCUGUACACACGCUUCUACCAGAUCGCCAUUCCCGAGUGGGUGUGCUGGGAUGAGACGCAUUUCGGGAAAAUGGCCAGCUGGUACAUUAAUCGGACAUUUUUCUUCGACGUCCAUCCACCGCUGGGCAAAAUGUCCAUUGCACUGGUGGGCUAUCUGAGCGGAUACAACGGGACGUUCAGUUGGGAUAAACCCGGGGAUAAAUUUGACGAUCAUCCCUAUGUGGGCAUGCGCGUGUACUGCGCGUUUUUGGGAGCACUGCUGGUCCCGUUGGCCUUCGAGAUUGUCUACGCGCUGUCGAAAUCGGUGCGGGCCAGCAGUGUGGCGGCGGCGUGUAUUUUGUUUGACACGGGAAUGGCGACACUAACUCGGUAUAUCUUGCUGGAUUCUCCAUUGUUGUUUUUUAUCAUGGCAACAACGUGGUCUUGCGUUAAGAGCUGGCACCAUGAAGACCGCUCGUUAAAUGCUCGCUGGUGGUUUUGGCACAUUUUAUGCGGAUUCUUUCUCAGUUGCGCUAUGUGCGUGAAAUUUGUCGGGAUUUUUAUCGUGCUCUGGGUUGGACUGUCGACCAUCUUUCGAUUACUAUUGUUAUGGUCCGAUCAGCUGUAUUCCUUUUUUCAACUAUGCAAACAAACCGCCGCGCGAGCUGUGUGCUUAAUAAUUUUUCCGGUUGUUUUCUAUCUGAGUUUCUUCGCCAUCCAUUUAGCUGUUUUGAACCGCAGCGGACCGGGAGAUGGCUACAGUUCAGCGUUCCAGUCGGUUUUAAUUGGCAACCCGUUGAAUAACGCCACGAUGCCGGGAGAAGUUGCAUAUGGAGCAAUGAUCGCGCUGAAAAAUACGAAAGCUAACGGCGCUUAUUUGCAUUCGCAUGUCCAUGUGUAUCCUUCGUCGUCCGAAGAAUCCAGUGGUUAUCAGCAGGUGACGUGCUAUGCUCAUAAGGACGACAAUAAUUUGUGGAGACUGAAAAAGGUUGACGAACAGUUACCGGAGGGUGGACCAACAACAGUGGAUUUUUUACGCAAUGGGGAUUUGCUGAGAUUAACACAUGCUGUCACGGGAAAAAACCUUCAUGCUCAACGGCUUGCUGCACCGGUCACGAAGCAUCAUUAUCAGGUCUCUGGAUAUGGAGAAAACGGCACUGAUUCGACUGGAAAUGAUGUAUGGGAAGUUGUGAUAGAAAACGGACAACCAAAAGAAAUUGUGAAAACAAUGGUUAACCAUUUCCGGUUAGUGCAUCACAACACAAGAUGUAUUCUGGAAUCUGGAACCAAACAAUUACCGAAAUGGGCCUGGGAGCAGCUGGAAGUGACAUGUAAUCCAAAACCGAAACGGACAUCCUUCGACAAUGAAUUAUUCCAUGUGGAGUUCGUCCAUUUUCCUUUGUUGCCGAAUGUGACAUUCAGUAGUCAUGCGCCCAGUUUUCUCAAGCGAUUUCUGGAAUCCCAUAAGGUCAUGGUCAAAGGGAAUAGUGGACUGAAGCCGAAGGAAGGCGAAGCCUUUUCCAAACCUUGGCAGUGGCCUAUUGAUGUGCGUGGGCAGUUCUUCUCGGCAGGUGAAAUGCGGAUCUACCUUCUGGGGAAUCCCAUCAUUUGGUGGGGGAAUAUGCUGGUGUGGUUGGUGUAUGCAAUUGUGGAGUGUUGUUUCGCCGUACGUAAAAAACGAAAUUACAAGCCGAAUGCGGAGUUAGACCGUUUAGAAGCGCAGUAUCUGCAUCCGACGCGAUGGAUGUUUUUGGGAUGGUUUGUGCAUUAUGUACCCUUCUACUGCAUGGGACGAAUCUUGUACUAUCAUCAUUACUUCCCAGCGCACAUGUUUGCCUGCAUGAUUUCCGGAUUAGUUACUUGCCUUGUUUGCGAUAUUGUCACCCGGUGCCUUGGACAAAGCGGAAAGAUGGUGGUUGAGUGGACUUUCGGAGUUGUGAUAGCUGUAAUUCUGGGUUUUAGCUUUUAUCUGUUUUAUCCGUUAGUAUACGGGAUGAGUGGUAGUUUUGCUGAUUCUGUUAACAGCACCAUGCAUGGGAUGAGAUGGUUAUCCACAUGGGAAUUUUAGGUUUUAUUGAAAGAAGUUAAUUUUUGUAUUUUUUUAAUUGUAUUUUAUUUGUUACAGCCCCACUGGGCGUAUUCUUCUGCCAUAUGCUUUUUGGUGUAGGCCAGCGUUUUUAGUUUCGAUCCACACGAAAGAGUAAAUUUGAAGCUGCGGCUUU